AUGGUGAAAGCAUACACGCAAGAGUACACAUACAAGCACCCAUGGGAGAGGGUGACUUCUGCAUCUUGGAAAAAAUUUGCUGAUCCUGAAAACAAACGCACUUUGUCACAUAUCCUUGAAGUUGACACUCUGAACCACAAGCUUGAUCCUAGUACUGGAAAGCUUUACACCACACGUGCUAUCACUGUCCAUUCCCCAGGACCAUGGUUUGUUCGCAAAAUUGUUCGCCAGGAUGUCUGCCACUGUGUUGAAUCAACGGUUGUGGAUGCAAAAGAACGAUCAAUGCAACUCACCACCAACAAUAUCAGCCUCGAAAAGUUUAUAGAGGUGGAGGAGAAGAUCAGGUAUGAUCCCCACCCAGAAAACCCAGAUGGGUGGACAAUCUGCCGACAGGAGACUAGUAUCCGAAUCAAACCAUUAUCAGCAUUGGCAUCUAUGGCAGAAAAGGUUGAACAACGCUGUGCUGAGAGGUUUGUACAGAAUAGUGCAAAGGGUAGAGAGGUUAUGGAGAGGAUAUGCAAGUAUCUUGAAGCUGAAUCUAAAGGGCUUGCUAGAUCAUAG